GGGUGGGAUACCUCCACAGUUAUUACAUGACACAAUGAUUAUCACACUUAUUAGAAUCUUUAUAUAUAUCCCGCUAGGAUUGGCUCUGCAUGUGUCUCAGCCUUAUCGUGUGGUUGGGAAAGAGGGAGAAGUCCCUCUCCGCUGCUCCUUCAGUUCAAAGUUAAAGCCUGAGGAGAUGCAGGUAUCUCUGUUCAAAGGUUUGCAUGGCCGUGAGAGGAUCUGCAGCGCGUAUGUCAACCUCUCUGAGCCCUACUUCACAACAGAUGGCACAGUUAAUUGCAGAGGGAAUAUUAGCUCUGGAAGAGUGGACAUGAUCAUCGCUGGACUGCGAGGGAACGACACAGACCUCUAUCGCUGUGAUAUCGAGAUUUUCUUCCCACCUCCGUAUCUCAGAGCGAUUGGCAACGGCACUGUUGUUUACAUACAAGAAACUCCAAACUGCCCCACUGCAUCCACCCAGAGCCAAGUUCAGAGCCAGAGCCAGACUUCAGAGCGGGAAGCUGUCAGAAAUGAUGUAGGCCCACUUCCUCUGCUGUAUGCCAUCCUAAUCAUCACUUCCUGCAGUUUAAUUCUACAGAUGAUCGCCUGCAAAUGGAGGGCCUCUGCAGCCACGGCACCUAUGCUUUCACAAAAAGAGAGCUAUAUGAAAUUUUAAGGGG